AUAGGAGAUGUGGGGAAGGAUCACGUGUUUCUUGCUGGGGACACCGAUUUUAGGGUUUGCUGAUAUGAAAGCAAAUCCCUUUUAACGAAAGACUUUAUCUCUAAUUGCCCGAGCUAAAGAGAGAUCAAAGAGAGGACAAAACCUUGAACUUUGAUUCACUUUAGAUCUGUACUGUAUAGUAAACGUUGUCUGAAAUUGACGAAGAAACAAAAGAAAUGAGGAGGAAGAAAAUGUGUGAAUGUGAGUUAAAUCGUAUUUAAAUACUAAGGACAACAUUUCCUUUUUCCUUUCGUUUUCAACUGCAAUUUUUUCCUUUUCUUGCAAACCAAACCCCAUAAAAGUAAAUGGAUUUAGUUAUCACCCCCCGUUUAAGUUAGGGUUCUUCAAUCCUUUUGGGGGUUUUCGGCUUAAUUCCCAAACUUGAGCAUCAUCAAUGGGUCGCUCUCGAGGGAACGAAGACCCUACUCAGAGAACGAGGAAAAUGUGAAAUGCGCUUGAACCCUUAAAUCAAGAAAUUUAAUUGGAACAAGGCACAACAAUCAAUUUCUCCGUUGAUGGGAAUGUUCAUUGUUUUCUGGAUGAGAACGCCACUAAUCUCGUCUUCUCUUUCUCACAAAUCCAACACUUGGUCUAUCUGCUUCACGCUGAACAGGCUAGCCAAGGUUGUUUACACUCGGGAGUUUCAAACGGAGGUGUCUCAGUCUUUGCCUUGUGGUGGUCCUAUGUUUUCCGGCAACGCGACCACUAUCCUACGCCGGAUGCUCGCAGAGAGGAGAGUUAGCAGCUUUCAGGUGGAGAAUCAGAGAAAGAAAGAUAAGCUGGAUAAGACACUAAAGGGUCUCUGUGUUACUGGGAGGUUGAAAGAUGCUGUUGGGCUAUUGUGGCGUAGCUGGUGGUUGCAAGUCCAGCCUCAGACUUACGCUGUGUUGUUGCAGGAAUGUAAACAAAGGAAGGAAUAUACAAAAGGGAAAAGGAUACAUGCUCAGAUGGUGGUUGUAGGAUUUGCUCCCAAUGAGUAUUUGAAAGUCAAGUUGUUGAUCCUGUACGCCUUAUCAGGUUGUUUGCAAUGUAUUCAAACUGCUGGGAUUCUCUUUCGUUGUUUGCAAUGUAAGGGGGAUUUGAUUCCCUGGAACGCCAUGAUAUCUGGGUAUGUGCAAAAGCGUAUGGAGCAAGAAGGGCUUUAUAUUUACUAUGAUAUGAGACACAACAGAAUAGUUCCGGACCAGUAUACAUUUGCUUCAGUGUUUAGAGCUUGUUCUGCGUUAGCAUCCCUGGAACACGGAAUGAGAGCCCACGCUGUGAUGAUUAAGUGCCAUCAUAUCAAGUCCAACAUUAUAGUCGAUAGUGCCCUUGUUGAUAUGUACUUCAAAUGCAGCAGUUUCUCUGAUGGCCACACAUUAUUUGAUCAGUUGUCCACCAGAAACGUUGUUACAUGGACCUCAUUGAUGUCUGGGUAUGGAUAUCAUGGAAAAGUUUCAGAGGUGUUAAAAUGCUUUGAUAAGAUGAAGGAAGAAGGUUGUAGACCUAAUCCUGUUACAUUUUUGGUGGUUCUCACUGCGUGUAACCAUGGAGGUUUAGUUGAUAAAGCUUGGGAGCAUUUCAAUUCCAUGAAGAGGGAUUACGGGAUUGAACCCGAGGGACAACAACACUAUGCAGCUAUGGUUGAUACAUUAGGGCGUGCUGGUAGGAUUCAAGAAGCGUACGAAUUUGUUAUGAGGUCACCUUGCAAGGAGCAUGCUCCCGUAUGGGGUUCCUUACUUGGGGCUUGCAGGAUUCACGGGAAUGUGAAACUGCUAGAAGUCGCAGCUACAAAGUUUUUGGAGUUGGAUCCAACAAAUGGGGGGAAUUACGUGGUGUUUGCCAAUGGAUAUGCGAGUUGUGGAUUCCUGGAUGCUGCCUCAAAGGUUAGGCGGAGAAUGGAGAAUGCAGGAGUUAGAAAAGAUCCCGGAUAUAGCCAGAUCGAAUUACAAGGGGAAGUUCAUAGAUUCAUGAAGGAUGUACGUCUCACAGACUCUCUGGACAGAUAUAUGAGAUGGUCCAUGAGAUGACUUCAUUCUUUAUGGAUGUUGACUACUAUCCAGAUGACUUACACGCUUGCUGUCCUGUUUGAAACAUGGACUGAUGAUAUCUCGUCUUGUCUUGCAUUGUUUGACCAAAACGACCUUGCAAUUAGCUGAAAGAAAUUUACUUCGAGUGAUGCUAUUUCAGUUUCUCAUAUUAAGCCUGGUAAAGAGAAAAAGGUACACUUUGUGGAGUCAAAUAUCAGGUGGGUAUAGAGAAACUCCAGUGAUAGGCUCUGGCAAAUCUGUCAUGGUUCAGACAAAAGUUUAGGUUUGGACGGGCAUUAACAAAUUGGUUUGUAGAGUGUGAUUUGUAAAUAAGUUAAAAAAUUCAAUACAAUUGAUUCUUUGUAUAAGACAUUGCAGACUAGUAUAGUUUUGGUGGUGGUUAUAUAACUAACCAUAGACAAAAUCAUAUAUUUA